ACUUCCAUCAUAAGCAUCAAGCACUUCACCUUCACAACCAAAUUCUAGACAAACAAAAACACUAAAUCGUAAAGAUUAAUUAAUUAAAUUAUGGUUUAUGAGUAUGUUCUUGCUGGUGUCCUGGUUUCUUUCUUGAGUUCUGUUUUCUUCCUCAUCAUAAACACCACCUACAGCGAAAAGAAGAAGGAAGACGUCGCGAAUGUUUCUGAAACUGGUGUUUUUUCGGCGACGGAGAUUGAGAAAAAUACUGAUGUUGUCAUUGUUGGUGCCGGAGUUGCUGGUGCUGCGCUUGCUUACACUCUUGGGAAGGAAGGACGGCGUGUACAUGUGAUCGAAAGAGACUUGAACGAGCCAGACAGAAUUGUUGGUGAACUAUUGCAGCCUGGAGGCUAUCUCAAGUUGAUUGAAUUGGGUCUUGAAGAUUGUGCUAAUGAGUCCAUUGAUGCUCAAAAAGUGUUUGGUUAUGCCCUUUACAAAAAUGGCAAUGACACAAAACUUUCAUAUCCCUUAGAAACAUAUAGUUCAGAUAUCGCCGGGAGAAGUUUCCACAAUGGACGUUUCAUCCAACGAAUGCGCGAAAGGGCUGCAACUCUUUCAAAUGUGAAAAUGGAACAAGGAACAGUGACAACACUAAUUGAAGAAAGUGGCACUAUCAGAGGAGUGAUGUACAAGAACAAGGCCGGAGAGGAGAUGAGAACAUAUGCUCCGCUAACAAUAGUAUGCGAUGGCUGCUUUUCAAAUCUGCGCCGCUCUAUCUCUACUCCCAAUAUUGAAAAUCCAUCCUGCUUUGUCGGUUUGAUCUUGGAGAACUGUGAGCUUCCUCAUGCAAACCAUGGACAUGUGAUUUUGGGAGACCCUUCACCCAUCUUGUUUUAUCCUAUUAGUAGCACCGAGGUUCGUUGUUUGGUAGAUGUACCCGGCACAAAAGUACCAUCAGUAGCUAACGGUGAAAUGGCUCAGUAUUUGAAAACCGUGGUGGCUCCUCAGGUUCCCCAUCAGCUCUUAAAGGCUUUUCUAGCAGCGGUUGAUAAAGGAAUUAUCAGAACAAUGCAAAACAAAAGCAUGCCGGCUGCUCCUCAGCCCACCCCUGGCGCAAUUUUAUUGGGGGAUGCUUUCAACAUGAGACAUCCUUUAACUGGAGGAGGAAUGACUGUGGCUCUUUCCGACAUUGUUCUUCUAAGGGAUCUUUUGAGACCCCUAAGUGACUUCAACGAUGCACCUGCUUUGUGCGAUUAUCUUGAAUCAUUUUACACGCUCCGCAAGCCUGUGUCAUCUACUAUAAACACAUUGGCCGGUGCCCUUUACAAGGUGUUUUGUGCAUCGCCUGACCUCGCAAGACAGGAAAUGCGUGAAGCAUGUUUCGACUACUUAAGCCUUGGCGGCAUCUGUUCAAAUGGACCAAUAUCUCUACUCUCCGGUCUUAACCCUCGUCCAAUCAGCCUGUUUCUCCAUUUCUUUGCUGUGGCUGUCUAUGGAGUCAGCCGCUUAAUGAUUCCAUUCCCUACACCGAAACGGAUGUGGUUAGGGGCUAGAUUGAUCGUGAGUGCAUCAGGAAUCAUAUUCCCGAUAAUUAAAGCCGAAGGAGUUAGACAGAUGUUCUUUCCUGCAACAAUGCCAGCAUAUUACAGAGCUCCUCCUGUUCACAGAAGAAUCGAAACAAGAACGAAGCUUAAAUGUUAAGAAAAAACCAAACAAAAUACUUGUAUCAUAUUAGCAUUUACCCUCGCAAACAAGGUGAGGAUCAUAGCUGAAAUUAGGAAAGAAAGCCGAGCAAUUAUGUUUCUCAAUUCUUUUUAGCAUUUGUUGUUCUGCAAGAAACUUGUAUCAAACUCUUGCAGUUCGUAGUUAACCUACACAUAUAUUUUUAAAUGUUUGACUUAAUUGGUUCUACACGUGAAGUCUUCAACUCUUGCAAGUUUCAACUUUCAACUACUUUUCUUUUGGGGAAAAUCUUGGAGGCAUUUUGUUUUGUUUGGAAUUCAUUAGAAAAGUGGUUCUGUUCCACCGUGUCGUUCAUUCAUAUUAUAAUUAAAAUACUUGUAUUUGUUUU